GCGUCUCAGACUCGGAGAAAACUCCACUCCCCACCGUACGAAGCUCCAAAACCAGAAUUCAAGUGCACCUUCUGAUAAUCGAAUGGAUCUGGUGAAAGCCUUGACCUUGAGAGACUCCCCAACAUCAUUCUCACAUGUAGUUCCUGCUAGUAACUUCUACUUACUUCCCCCAUCUCCCAGAAAUUUUUCUUUCCAAUUGUGGGCCAGCUCAUUCCAUCAUAUUUCGAGAAAGUCCCAAAUUCUCUGCGCCAAGAAAAGAAAAUCGGAGUCAGAUUUAGUUCUCGAACCCGCACUUGUCGAAGAGAUGCCAAUGAACGAUGAAGAGGACGUCCUUGAUGAUUUCGAAUACGAGGACUCAGGGGAUGACGGUGACAACUUCUACGACGAAGAGGAGUAUGGAGAUGGCGAUGCUGAACUCUUUGUAGGUGAUGGGGGCGGAGGCGGUGGAAUUUCUCUUGCUGGAACAUGGUGGGAUAAGAAAGCACUGGCGAUUGCUGAAGAGGUUAUUAGCUCUUUCGAUGGUGAACUGCAAAUAUAUGCUUUCAAGACAUUGGUCAAUUCCACCAUUCGUGUGCGCAUAGAGAGGCUUUCCAACAAGUCUGGCUCGCCUAGCAUGGAAGACAUCGAAGCUUUUUCUACUGCCUAUAGAGCAAAGUUAGAUGAAGCAGAGCUUGCCAAAUUUGUGCCUGAAGAUAUAAGUUUGGAGGUGUCUUCUCCUGGUGUUGAAAGGAUAGUCCGGAUUCCCAAUGACCUGGAUCGAUUCAAGGAGCGACCAAUGUAUGUGAAAUACGUGAGCAAUGAGGAUUUAGAUGUCUCAUCUGCAGAAAGUGAGGGUGUGUUCAACCUGAUAGCCUUUGACCUGGAAACAAGGUGCUGCACCUGGGGUUUGGCAGACGUGAGAGCAAAUAGAGAGAAAGCAGGGAAAGGAAGACCACUGAACAAGAAGCAAAGAGAGUGGCGUUUAAGUACCCCCUUUGAUUCUUUGCGUUUAGUUAGGUUGUAUUCUGAAAUGUAACUUUGGUUAUAUUUUUGGCAAGAGGUCAUAUUUUGGUACCCCACGCCUGCCCAUGUCUUUUUGUACGUCUGAGUGUAUUUAGAGAGCGUCAUGUUCGUGCAUGUACAAAGCGAAGAGUUGCAAUAAUUUUUUUUGUCAAUUUAACGGUAUCAUGGGUAAUUACUGUCGUU